CAUAUGCUGUUGUAUUAUUCUUUAUUAUUAUUAUAGUUAUAAUUAUAACAUUAUACAAGAUAGACCGGCAAUUGCUUUACUUUUUUCUGACUCCUUCCAUGUGCUGUGGUUUUCAUUUCACCUCGUCUUUUUUUUUUUUUUUUAACGAUCUAACUUCGAUUUCUGCGAAAGUUAUCCCAUCUCCCUCUCCUCCUGUCUUCUACUCCAUCCAAACAUCCCCCUUCCCCUUGUCUGACGUCACUUCCCCACUCUUUAUCCUGCGCACCUUUUCCCUGCGCAUGCCCUGCGCAUUCUAGCUUCUUCCCUCUACCGCCUUUUUCCCUCGGUCCGCAUUACACGUGUCUUGUCUUCUUCUUUCCACGUCAUCACUGUCUCCUUCUCCCUCCUCUUCUUCCCUUCGUUCCUGCCUCCAUUGUGCCUUUUUUUCCUUUGUUCUCUCUCUCUCCCUCUCUAGGGUUUGUUUCUUUUUCUCCUUUUUCAGUUGCCGAGUUACUUGCGGUGCCUGAUUUUCACCAACUAUGGGGUCGAUCCCCAAUCCAGGCGAGUUAACCGAGGUGACUCGCCCGAGCUUCGACGAGUUCCAGCGCCAGACCUCCCUCAUGACCAGCUGCACUCUUCUCUGGAAGGAGCUUUCCGACCACUUCACCUCUCUUGAGCAGAACCUACAGAAGAAAUCCGAAGCUCUAAAACACAAGGUCCAGGCCCUGGACCAUGAGACCAAGGCUACGCUCGCUUCUCUCAAGAAGCGUGAGGUCACUAUUGACGGUAGCGUCGAGAUCGCACUCGAGCGAGUCGAGGAACACAAGGAGGCCGCUUUCAAGUCCCUCGAGAACCCGGAUUGUGACCAUCCUGAUGGUGAGGUGGAUGACGGCGACGCACUGUUACUGCUUCUCAAAUCCUUCUGCCUGAAAAUGCAUUCCAGGGAUUUCUGGAAGUUAGUGAUUACAAAGAAGAAGGAACUUGACGUAUUGAGAAGCCAGAUUCCGUUGGCUUUGUCCGAGUGUGUGGAUCCUGCUAGGUUCGUCUUGGAAGCAAUUUCAGAGGUUUUUCCCGUGGAUAAGAGAGGUGAAAGGACUGAGAAAGGAAAUGAUUUGGGAUGGGCCUGUGUGCUGAUUCUGGAGAGCUUGAUUCCAGUGACGGUAGACCCGGUGAUAGGCAAGUCCAGGCUGUUAGUGACGCCGAGAAUCAAGGAGAAGGCCAAGGAGAUUGCCGAGACUUGGAAAAGAAGUCUGGAAGAGCGCGGUGGGAUUGAGAACGUCAAGACUCCUGAUGUGCAUACUUUCUUGCAGCAUUUGGUCACUUUUGGGAUUGUGAAGAAGGAGGAUGUGGAUUUGUACAGGAAGCUCGUCGUUGGGUCUGCUUGGCGCAAGCAGAUGCCUAAGCUUGCUGUCUCGCUUGGUUUGGGAGAUAAAAUGCCUGAUAUGAUUGAAGAACUAAUUAGUAGGGGACAGCAGCUUGAUGCUGUGCAUUUCACAUAUGAAGUUGGUCUUGUGGACAAGUUCCCACCUGUUCCAUUACUAAAAGCCUUUUUGAAGGAUGCAAGGAAGGCUGCUGCUUCUAUCUUGGAGGAUCCUGAUACUGGUCGAGCUGCGCACCUUGCUGCCCGAAAGGAGCAGUCAGCUCUCCGGGCUGUCAUCAAGUGCAUUGAAGAAUAUAAACUAGAGGCUGAGUUCCCACCUGAAAACCUGAGGAAACGCCUUGAUCAGCUAGAGAAGACCAAGACAGAGAAGAAAAGGCCGGCUGCAGUCCCUGCAAAUAAAAGAACACGCGCCAGCAAUGGUGGCCCAAUGCCUCCAGCCAAGGCUGGGCGCUCGACAAAUGCUUAUGUAUCAUCUUUCCCUACGCCUCCAACAUUUGUCAGGUCUCCUUCACACACACAAUACCCUACUGGCAUACCAGCAUAUCCUUCUCCACCAGCUGUUUAUGGCAGCAGGAGCCCUCAAUCUCCAUACGCCUACUCACCAGAGGCAGCUGCUCCCAUCACUGGAUCAUAUCCUGGAGCUCCUUUGAAUUAUCCGCUAUAUGGAGGCUAUGGAAAUGGUUUUGCUCCAGCUUAUCAGCAGGCUUACUACCUAUAGACAUGACUACUUGUUGAAGAUGGUAACCACUGAUAUGAUGACCCCAAUCUCUUUUGCUUUCUCGACUGGCUUGUUUGUAAUCACUAACCUUUUUAAUGGUAGCGAUGUGUGUGAAUUAUAACUUGCUCUACUUGUGUCAAUGUAAGAAGUAUUUCUAAUUAUCAAACUGUAGCGCUAGGUACUUGUGAAAGUAAUCCUGAUGGAAACAUAACAAUGUUGACGGACUGAAGGUACGAUCACUGUUAUUAGUUUUAGUUGUAGAAAAGCUGUUCCUUGCUGUUUUGAUUGUGCUUU